CUCUCUCUUUGUUGAUAGGUAAGUAACCUCCGCCCGCUGAUGUUCUUUUUAUCCCAUUUUUUCCAAUCCAAUCCCUCUUCACCUCCUCCCAUUCUCCCUCGAGCUUCAUGCGCCUUCUUCUUCUUCUUCUUCGAUGAAUUCGGUUACUCUAUAUUGAUUGAAUUGAAUCUUCCAAAGUAAGAAUUCUAUGGCAUUUCAUGAUGGUAUGGAGGAAGCAAUAUUGGGAUCUAUGCUUUCUAGCCUAAGUACUCUUUAAUUCAUGGGGUGAAAGGUGGGACAGAAUGAUCUGUCAUUACAGAUAUUUUUGGAGAUGGAUGAGGUACAAGCUGAUUCAGGGCAAUCUGAGGCAGGACCUUCCAAUUCUACUUGGUGGCCCUUAGAGUUGAUGGAAAAUUUACAAUCUCUUUCAUUGGACUCACAACAAAGGGCUAUGAAUGUUAGAGAAUUUGGAGUCAACGUUGAACAAACUGAAACGUCACCUCAAACUGCUUCUCAGGUUUUGUGGUCCACUGGAAUUUUGUGUGGUCCAAUACCCAAUGGUUUUUACUCCAUAAUCCCGGAUAAAAAAUUGAAAGAGCUAUUUGAUACUAUUCCAACUCCAGAGGACUUAUGCUCUCUUGGUAUGGAGGGGCUUAGGGCUGACAUCAUCCUUGUAGAUGCAGAUAAGGAUAAGAAGCUUACGAUGGUGAAGCAAUUGAGUGCUGCUUUGGUGAAAGGGGCUACCAAUCGUGCUUCACUAAUAAAAAAAAUUGCGGGUUUGGUGGCUGACUUUUAUAAACGCCCAAAUCCAGAGUUGAGUCCAGCAAAAGCUGCAGUGGAGGAAAUGGCUCAUUUGAUGGAGAAUAAAGGCAUCCAAUUAUUGGGUCAAAUAAGGAAUGGAUCAUGCCGACCUCGAGCAAUACUUUUUAAAGUUCUUGCAGAUGCUGUGGGUCUUGAGAGCAAACUUAUGGUGGGCAUUCCUAAUGAUGGUGCUAUUGAAUACACAGACUCAUGCAAGCAUAUGUCUGUUGUAGUAGUACUGAACUCAGUAGAACUACUGGUUGAUCUCAUGCGCUUUCCAGGUCAAUUGAUUCCAUUCUCAGCCAAGGCUAUCUUUCUGUCCCACAUUGCUGCAGCUGGGGAGAGUGACUCUGCUGAGAAUGACUCCUGUGAUUCUCCACUUGAACCCAACAGUCCUCUAUGUGGUUUCUCUGAUAGAGUGGAUAUGGAAAGUGUAUCCUAUAGCGAACCAAACAUCGCAAAUGCUUUCUGGAGGCGCAGUAGAAGAAAAGUUGUUGCUGAGCAAGAACGUACAGCUAGUUCAAGUCCAGAGCAUCCAUUAUCCAGAGCACGCGCAAGAUCCAUGCUUGGUGGUGACAGGCAAUCAUUUAGAGAAUACGCUGAUGGGGUGGCCACAUCAAGGUCUGAUGGGGCUUCAACAUCUGAUAUUCGUAGGAUACGAAGAAGAAGCAUUAGCAUCACCCCUGAGAUCAGUGAUGAUAUUGUGAGGGCUGUUCGAAUGAUGAACGAAACACUGAAGCAAAAUCGACUCCUAAGGGAUCAGGGUGAAGACCAUUUGAAUUCAUAUUCAAGAAUGGACAUAAAUAAUGUACAAGGUUCACCAAAAAAUGCGUCAAGUUUUCAUGCUAGCAGUCAUCAAGAAAGACCGAAUGAACCAUCUGGGGGUCACGACAAUUCAAAGAAGCAUACAAAUUCUUCUCAGAAAGCAAUUUCAUUACCUUCAUCUCCUCAGGAAUACAGAAAUCAGACUCCUGAGAGAAGUGGAACUUCUGACUUUUUAAGUGAAGAAGAUUUCAUAUCAACAUGGAACAAAGUAUUACAAUCGUCAUCCUUCCUAAAUAAGCCUCUAGUACCUUUUGCAGAAUGGAAUAUUGAUUUCUCAGAGUUAACUGUUGGCACAAGAGUUGGAAUAGGGUUCUUUGGAGAAGUUUUCCGUGGCUUAUGGAAUGGUACAGAUGUCGCCAUCAAAGUUUUUCUGGAGCAAGAUUUGACAACUGAGAAUAUGGAAGAUUUCUGCAAUGAAAUAUCCAUUCUGAGCCAUCUCCGGCAUCCAAAUGUUAUAUUAUUCCUUGGCGCAUGUAUGAAGCCUCCCCACUUGUCAAUGGUCACCGAGUACAUGGAGAUGGGUUCGUUGUAUUAUCUCAUCCAUAUGAGUGGCCAGAAGAAAAAUCUCAGUUGGCGGAAGAAGCUGAAAUUUAUUCGUGAUAUCUGCAAGGGGUUGAUGUACAUGCACCGGAUGAAAAUAGUCCAUCGUGAUCUGAAAAGUGCAAAUUGCCUCGUAAACAAAUAUUGGACAGUUAAAAUUUGUGACUUUGGCCUCUCCAGACUUAUGACUGAUGUUCCAAUGAGAGACGAGUCAUCUGCAGGAACUCCGGAAUGGAUGGCUCCAGAGCUCAUCCGCAAUGAACCAAUCACCGAAAAGUGUGAUAUUUUCAGUCUUGGGGUAAUAAUGUGGGAGCUUUGCACUCUAAGUAAACCUUGGGAAGGCAUAUCAGCAGUUAAAGUUGUAUAUGAGGUAGCUAACAAAGGAACACAUUUGGAAGUUCCUGAAGGUCCGAUCGGGAAGCUGAUUUCAGAAUGUUGGGCAGAACCUGAUAUGCGACCAAGCUGCCAGGAAAUCCUUACCCGUUUGGUUGACUGCGAGUACUCUCUGCUAAUGUGAGGGUAUGUACAGCCAGAGUAAACAUUCUCGAAUUUUAUCAUGAUCGAGUUGUAAAUUAAUCCAUCGUUUUUCGAUGUUGUACGCGAAGAGAAUUUUCAGUGACUUUGGGUUCCCUAGAUUCCAAAGCUACAAUGUGUGCCUUCUCUUUUGAAUGAGUAUAACAUAUGUUGUACUCAUUAAAUGAGAUUUUCAAAAGUCGAAUAUGCAAUAGCUUGUGUUGAUUUUGUUUGUGUAAUUUUAUAGAUCAGCGCUACAAAACAUGUGUGAAUUAUCGGAGCAGCGAAAUUUUUGCAUCAAUUAUUUAUAGACCUUGUUUGUUAUGGACUUUUUUCU